AUGCCGCUUGGUAAUGCUGGUAGAAUCCGAUGUUUUCAGAAUGGUAGUGAUCAUAAAAAUUACAUUGCGGAAUGUUUUGCAAAGAACGUGUUUGCAAUAUUACAGUCUGUGAAAGCACAAGAAGAAGGUGGUCGAGUUAACCAUGACGCAAACAGUGCCAUUAACACACACAGUCUUGCGCAACCAGUCGAACUUGUGAAAAAAGUUAAACCCUCCACCCCUGCACAGUAUAACAGAUACGAUCAGGAAAGGUUCAAAGGAAAAGAGGAAACUGAGGGAUUUAAAAUUGACACUAUGGGUACAUACCGUGGCAUGACGCUCAAAUCAGUGACGGAAGGUGCAAGCGCAAGGAAAGCACCGACACCGAUAAUCCAGCAAGACUCGCGGGCUCUGGUGCAGCCGAAGCCACAAGGUCCAACCAAGAGAGUAUCACGUACACCAAUUAUUAUCAUCCCGGCGGCUACAACGUCACUCAUCACUAUGUACAAUGCUAAAGAUUUACUGCAGGAUCUCAGAUUUUUGAGUACAGACGACAAGAAAGGACAAGGAGCGAGGCGGGAUAACGAAGUUUUAGUCCAGCGUAAAAAAGAUCUGAACCAAGGUGGCACGAUACAAACAGUCACAGUACCCUAUAGAAUAAUAGACACACCAUCAAAAUUACAGCCACAAGAUUGGGACCGUGUGGUAGCAGUAUUUGUACAAGGACCAGCAUGGCAGUUUAAAGGCUGGCCAUGGUUGCUUUCAGAUGGCUCGCCAGUAGAUAUUUUUGCAAGAAUAAAAGCUUUCCAUUUGAAAUUUGAAGAAGCCAAUUUAGAUCCCAACAUCAAGAAAUGGGAUGUGUGUAUUCUCAAGAUAAAUAGAAACAAAAGACAUUUAGACAGAGCCACUCUCCUCAGAUUCUGGGAAAUAAUGGACAAGUACAUGGUGAAGCACAAGUCUCAUCUGCGAUUCUGAAAUACCUCCGAACACACUUGGAUUUUUUGUAUGGUCUCAUAAAAAAAAAAACUGCCGCGAUUGUGUUUGACAUGCUGACACAAGAACAGAACAACGAUCGACAUGCCAGCCAUCAUGGAUUAGGCUCUUAUGCAAGAUGUUUCACUAAAAAGUGUAUACUGCGAUACUUCUUCGUGGUAGAUGGACAAAUAAUUUUAUGAAGAAAUCUGCUACGUUUGUGUAUAUUUUCCAGCAAGAAGCAGCUCCCUCGAUUUUACAAGUCCAAAAGUCUGUACUUGUCAAUAAUUUUUAGUCAACAUUGCGAAUUUUCUGUGGAUGUGCAGUUAUUCUAAAAACUUAUAAUAACCCUGGUGUGUGCAUCUGUGUUUACGAAAUGAAACAAGCGUUAUUUUCUGUUGCCUCAGUCCUGAUCAUUUUCUCGCGCAUCUACUCUGAAAUACACAGAUGACAUGCUUACUUAGCGAGAAUGCAAGUUUGUAUAUAGCAGUUUCCCUGCAAAGCAAAUGAAAAUGUAUUUAUUAACGAAU